AUGGCUGCCUUCCACAAACAUCUGAUCCGAGGCAAACAUCAGGACAACAGGAUACAGGACACCAACACAGUCUUUGAUGCUAAACGUUUAAUUGGCAGACGAUUUGAGGAUCCAGUGGUUCAGUCUGACAUGAAGCAUUGGCCAUUUGAUAUUAUUAGUGAUAGUGGAUGCCCCAAAGUGGAGGUUGAAUACAAAGGUGAAACCAAAACUUACCCAGAAGAGAUCUCUUCGAUGGUGCUGACAAAGAUGAAGGCGAUUGCUGAAGCUUACCUCGGGAAGUCUGUGUCAAAUGCUGUUAUUACAGUACCUGCAUACUUUAAUGACUCGCAACGUCAACCAACCAAGGAUGCUGGAACUAUCUCUGGUUUAAAUGUGUUAAAAAUCAUAAAUGAGCCUACUGCAGCAGCUAUCGCUUAUGGUUUGGACAAGAAGGUUGGGUCAGAAAGGAAAGUCCUUGGUGGUGGCACCUUUGACGUGUCCAUCUUGACCAUUGAGGAUGGCAUCUUUGAGGUCAAGUCCACAGCUGGAGAUACACAUCUUGGUGGUGAAGAUUUCGACAACCGUUUGGUCAACCACUUCAUCGUUGAGUUCAAGUGA